AUGUUUAUUGUCGCGCUAGCUGUCAGUGAUUUACUAAUAUCUGUCAGCUGUAUGCCUCUGUCAGUUGCUACUCUCGUUCAAGGCCGAUGGAUUUUCGGGACCAGUGUUUGUCGACUCCAGGGUGCUGCAAUGUUUACGUUUUCAUUGGCAUCUCUAAAUACCAUGGGGGUUAUUGCAGUUAGCCGAUAUUUUUGCGUGGUGAAACCAACGAGGUACAUUGUAUUAUUCCGGAGGCAAAGAAUUUUGAUGUACACUGCGGUAGUAUGGUGUACGGCUCUCAUUGGUUCAGUGCCUCCGCUAAUUUUUCAGACAGGCGGAUACACUUUCCAACCAGCAAAAGCAAUGUGCAUGUACCCAUUCCAAACUAACAUUGCUUAUACCGUCUUCAUCGAAUGUGUGUUUGUCGCUGCGCCCUUUACAUUCAUCACUUUCUGCUACGCCAAAGUGUUCUACACAGUGUCAAGAUCAAAUCGUGUUUUCAUGCAAGAAAAUAACCCUGAACAGCUCAGAGCAAACGUCGAAGAAGCAAAAGUGACAAAGACAUUAGCCUUGGUCAUGGCCAGUUUCUCCUUAUGUUGGCUUCCUAUCUGUAUUAUGGAUUACAUCGACGCAACACGCGGGGAGCCCACUUUGCCACGACAGGUAUAUCUUACAUACGGGUUUCUGGCCUACCUAAGUAGUACAAUCAACCCCUUUAUAUAUGGCGCUACCAAUAGGCGCUUCAGACAAGAAUACAAAACCAUUUUGAAAAAGAUAAGUUUGAUCUUUACUUGUGGUCGCUGCAGCUGAAGACAGAAUCGAACGUCCGAUAAUCCACCAAAUUUAGCGGUGACCGAGCUUUAAACUAUCUGAAAACAAAUGUGGAAAACAAGAUGUCAAUGUUAGACAAGUUCAAGGCCUUUUGAGGUGAUACAAUGAAGACCUAACAAGUUUAAAACGAAGAGUAGGCGAAAGUGCUUUGGAAAAAGAAAUAGUUUUACUACUAAUAAGAACUAACAAUUUUUCCUCGAGCCCGAAUGGGCUCUGAGUCAAUAGCCCAAACGAAGGCCGAAUGGGCUAUUGACUCAGGGGCCAUAAGGGCGAGAGGAAUAAUUGUUUUUAGUAAAAUCCAACUAGUUGGUCAAAAAUAUCGAGAAUAGAAAAAAAUUUAGCUUCUUAAAGCUAGACUUUAAUCCUUUUUUGCCGCCAAAAAGCCGGCGCUUUUCGCUACUAGUGGGCUAUAACAUAUAGCCUAGUAGUAGCUCAACCAAUCAGAACGCAGCAUUGAUAAUAGACCACUAGUUGGAUUUUACUAAUAAUAAUUUACCAAUUUAUAUAGCGCGUAUUUACAUAUGCUGAUCAAUAACGCUUUACAAUCAUAUGUUUAAGAGAAAACGAAAAUACAUUACCGUGAGAAUAAAAUAACCUUAGUUACAAACUAUAAAUACUUAAAAAGAUACGUUUUAAGUCGAGAUUUAAAACUGUUAAGUGAUGUUGCUUGACGAAGCUCCACAGGCAGGCCAGUCCAGAGUUUCGAAGCUGCUGCUGAGAAUGAUCUUGCUUCCAGUGUUGUAAGCAUCUUUCCCUUGAGAUGGUCCAAUAAGAGCUUACCAGUAGACCUAAGGUUAUAUAAUGAAUUCGAUUUUAUACUAAUAAGAUCGCUAAGAUAAGUUGGCGCUAGGCCAUAAAUACAUUUGAAAGUCAAAAGUAAAAUCUUAUAGUCAAUACGCAAAGAAACCGGCAGCCUGUGCAGCUCAUAAAGCGCCGCUGUAAUGUGAGAAAAUUUUCCGAUGCCAAGAAUAAGUCUUGCUGCUGCAUUUUGUACAUGCUGUAAUUUAGCGAUCUCCGCCUUUGGUAAGCCAAACAAUAAACCAUUACAAUAGUCAAGACGGCUGGUUAUAAAAGCAUGAACCAAAGUCAUUAAAGAAUCUCUCGACUGACAGGGGCGGAUCCAGGAUUUUUUUUAGGAGGGGGUGCACUCGUCUCUUGCUCUACUUCAACACCAAUAAACCACAUAGUUUUUUUUCUGCAGAAUACCAGUUGUAUUAGAAAACCGCAGGUCAUCUCAGGGGGGUGCGCACCUCCUGCACCCUCCCCCUAGAUCCGCCCCUGCGACAGGUAUUUGUUAAUACGUCUCAAGUUAUGUAAAUGAUAAAAUGCCGCAUUACAAGCCUUGUUUAUAUGAUCAGUCAUGCUUAAGUUGCUGUCAAACCACGAUCCAAGGUUUUUAACACAUGGGCUUGGACUGAUACGAUUAUUGCCCACAGUAAUGAAACACAAAUCUAGUUUAUCAAGCUGUUGUCGUGUGUCGACCAACACAAACUCCGUUUUUAUCAUCAUUGAUCAUCAACCGAUCUUGAAUCAUCCACUUACUCACCGCGUCAAUGCACUUUUCCAUAGCUUGUAUAGCAUCAGCUUGAGUAGUGUUGCCGAGUGGUUUAAAACUCAGAUACAGCUGCGUAUCAUCUGCGAAACAGUGAGCAUCGGGAAGAUAAUGUUCUACGAUCUUAAACAGCUUAGACGCAUAAAUUAUGAAUAGCAAAGGCCCUAAACAUGAGCCUUGGGGUACAUCGCAGUUCAAGUCAAAAGGACGAGAGAGAACUCCAUGUAUAGAAACGCGCUGACUUCUAUCAGACAAGUACGAUCUAAACCAAUUCAGAGCAGUCCAACGUAUGCCAACCUCGUCAGAUAGCCUCUUUAAAAGUAUUCGAUGAUAAACAGUGUCAAAGGCAGCACUGAGAUCCAAUAAAAUUAACAAAGUGACAUGUUGAGAGCUCAUCUUUAACAAAAUAUCGUUCAUCACCUGGAUAAGUUCCGUUUCAGUGCUAUGGAAUUGCCUGUAAGAAGAUUGAAGGGCACGAAAAAUAGCAUUUGAAACCAUGUGAUCGUAGACUUGAUUAAAAACGACUUUUUCAGUCAACUUGGAUACGUAUUGUAAGUUAUUAACUGGUCUGUAAUUUUUGUACAGCAAAUCCAAUACAGGUUUCUUCAAGAUAGGAUUAAUAAGCCCACAUUUCCAAUCAUCCGCAAAUUCUCCAGAAUUAAGAGACAGGUUGAUCACUUUAGUAAUGACUGGUAAUAGCACAUCAGCACAGCUGAUUACUAAAGGUGUUGACAUCAGAUCAAACAUACAGCUCUUCUUCGGAAAGCAGCCAAUCAACUUACUAACUGCACUUUCAGUUAAAGGGAUAAAGCUGUCCAGUGUUCUAGUUGGUAAUGUUUUCACAUAGUCAAAAUGGGAAUCAUGCAAACAAUCAGCUAGUCUGUCCAAUUUGACAUGGAUGGCGUCAAUCUUUUCAACAAAGAAGCUAAAGAGUAAAACUUACGACGGGAUUCAUUCAUCAGGUAGGUUGUAAAGUUCCCCUUCUUUCUAAAUUCAAGCAAAUCACGGACACUUCGAGAUCGACGCCAUUUUCUUUCAGCUCUCCGGCUUUCCCUCCUGGAAUCUCUAAUAUCUUCACUAAACCAAGGUACCAAAGGCCUCGGGCUCGUUUACAUCUUGUUGAAGGCCCAUUGACUCAAGCAGCUCCUUUAAACAAACACUGUCUGCGUUCCCCGGAACGUCUACAUGGAUAUUAAAAUCACCUGCUAUCAGUAACGUUACAGAUGACAUUAUGAUACUCCCCAAAAGACUCGAAAAAUCAGCAAAGAAUACACUCGUCGUGACAGGAUGGUUACUUGAAUAGGGUGGACGGUAAAUAAUAAUAAUCUGUAGUUUUCGCGACUGGAACUCGACCAUCCAAUGAGAAAACUCAAAAGAACUACGCUCACCAGCAUCUACACGACUUGCAUGUAGAUUUUCUCUUAUCAAUAGAGCAGUUCCAUCACCAGAUCGGUCAGAUCGUGUGUGAUCAAAAAACUGCUUGUACCUGGGUGGAGUGAUUUCGGCUCUGCACACAUCAUCAAUUUCUGAGAGCCAUGUCUCAGUUACUGCGAAAAUAUCAGCUCCAGAUGAUUCAACAUCUACUGACAGCUACUGACAGUGUAGCAUCACGGAACAGGCAUAAAUAGCUAUUUUGCUGGCACGGACCAGGGGACUGGACACAUUAGGAGGAGUUGUAUUCAAUUUCUUUGUGACAUGUUUCAUUGUUCGUUACAAAUUUAAAUCAGUCAAGGACAUCACUUACAUUUAGGGGAGCUUAGGGGUAUUUUUUCAUUUCUGCAGCCAUUUCGCUACCGAAGGUGUUUAGCAUCAUAGCGGAGCUCCACCCGCGCGCGAAGCGCGCGAGCGUGGGCGGAGCCCCAUAGGUAAGGAAAUGUGGUAAUCUACCCAUUCGAGAAAAUUUGGUAAUCACGUGACCGUACGACCGUCCGUCCGCACCACAGGGAAACCAAUGUUUGCUCUCACACUUUCUAGCUAGUUUGGGAGCCCAAGGAAAAACUAAUUGCACAUCAAUGUUGUGAUCAAUUGACAGCUGUCAAAAGACGGCACCCGCUGACCAGUAUCACCUGACCGUACCGCGGGCUCAAGUGUUCACCCAUCGAGGUCGAGUAUUUUUUUGAAGUUAUCUGCUGACAAAUUACCAGUUUCAAAUGAUCAUAGGCUCAAGUUCAUUUUUUCCAAUGAUUCAUAUGAAAUAUGUUGUGUUUAUGUCACUAUGACCCCGCACUGUUAAGAUUUUGAUUUCAAACUGACCUCGGACGCGAAAAUUCGACCAUUUUUUUUUUUAAAUACAGGCGGGGAAGAACUAUUAUUACCAUGGUCACGCGUUGGUCACGCUCUACGUCCAAUUUUUAUACUCUGAUUGGUCAAAAAUUGACAGGUGAGCUCAUGCGGAAAUUUAUGCAGCAUCAUGAAAGUUGUUUACUUUGAGAGCAGAAGCUGACAGAGUUUUGUGUCAACUUGUGAUGUAUUUAACUGUCUUCUCCACUGGAUGUACAAAAUGAAAUACAGCUGCUAUCAAGAGUCUCCUGUUAUUCAUGGCUGGUUUGUUUAUUGGGUUUUUGGUUGAGAAAUGCGUUGCUUGUCAAAAUUCGGUAAUCCGAUUUCGGAUUGCAUCGUUUUCGUUUUCCAUCUUGCUUAAUGCGUAAGAGGGCUUAAAAGUCUCAAGCAACUGUGGCCUUCCAUGAUAUCUUUCAGGAACCGAAUCUCGGAUGGUAAGCCUGAGUAAUUAUUGUAUUUGAUGUUUGUUUUUGUUAUAUCUAAUUUAAUGAAGUCGAGCACAGUUUAUGCGGCAAGUUUAUGCACGUUUGUAAGAUUUGAGUCAAUGAUCUGACCUAGUAUCAGUUUUGAUAUAAGCUUACAGAACUGUGAAAAGCCUUCAGAUAUAUUUUCUCACCGCAAAUAGAAAGAAAACGUUCCGAAGAAUAUUUAGCUAUAAAUUUGGCUGUAGAAAGAAAACUUUGAGCGAUUUUCUUGCUUCGAGAAGUGGCAUCGUUGAAAAAAACAAACACCGUGAGACCGGCUGAAAUUACAGUAAAACAUGAUUAACUUUUAAGUUUAAAGACUCACAAUUUUUAGAGACACUUUAAUACUUGUCUUCGUGAAUGAAAAUUGUUGUCUCUGUAAAUGUUUCACCGAAUUAUCUUUCUUUUAUUGAUUGUUAGUACUCUCUUGCAAUUUUAAUCGCUCGUCCGUGGCGUUUGUUUUCAUCGUUCAGGAACAUCGCUUGCAGGAGUACUUUAAAAAAAUGUCGCGCGUAUCAAACGCUUUAUAAGAUUACACAUCGUUAUAACUGAAACCAUUAAAUAACAAAAAAUUAUAAUAAUAAAUUCGUUAUUAUGUUGAAACGUAACUCUUUUAAAGUUCAUUCAAACACUCGAUUACACAGACAGCUCGCACUAGCAACGAGAACCGGCCGGCCUAAUGAGUGAUUUUGGAAAUUUUUUUUAACGGUUUCGCUAAAAGCCCACGAUUGAUCGUCCCGAACAUUGACUGAGUGCAAUUUGUGUUAAAAAAUUGUGAAAUACCGUGUUCUUCCGAGGUCUGUAUGAUAAAUUGUACGUAUUGUUUCACCUCAGAUCGUGUAUAAAAAGUAUAAAAGGUUGUUUUACACACCCCCAGAUUUGUUGGCAAGAAUUUGUACAGUAAACCUGUCGAACGCAAAAAAAUUCAGCCUGAUUUGUUUUCCUAGAAUUUGUUUUCGAGGCCUUAUCUACAGCUGUGAUCAAGAGCCAUUAUGGCUCUUGAAUGUGAUCGAAGAUGUUUACUCUUUUUUGGGUGUACAUAUAAGGCUAUCAACUCGAUGUAAGAUGUUUCACUCUAAAAUAACUUAGCCUUUCCCUCAAAAGUCACAUGAAUGUGCCCUCAAGUUAACUGAUUUGUGGAUCACAAGUUUAUUGUUUGAUUUAAAUUAUUAAUGGGAGCUUCGCUUUUAGCCCUGGCUAAAUCUAUAUAUUAUAUCUCUGUCCCCCAGUUGUCUGCACUGCAGCUGAUUUUAGCACGUUGGGGUAUGCGGUCCUUUGUUUUGCAGAAAGUGGCGCCGUAUUUCUUUUCUUUGCAUGGUUUUAUUGUUUGCGGGUUUUAUAACCAAGGGUGCACGGAUUAGCUGAUGGCAAAAUUGCAAAACUGCCAAAUGACAUCGAAAGCAGUUAAAACUGGUUUUGAUGUCCUUUGCUCAGACCUUCAGGUCCCUAUCCAUCUAUUCUGACGGUUUUCUCUUUUGAAACGCAAACCCUCAAGCAGAUUACUGGGGAUGUCUCCGUCCUUCUGCAAAAAAUUAAAGCCAUACUCUUUUGCCCUCCCCUCCCCAACCCUGAGAGGGUACUCCCUAUAAUGGCUAUACUUAGGGCUCCUACCGAAAGCAGUACAUUCUUCAGGCUUCCUGGGUAUAUUAAUUAAACGCCAGGAAUUUCACAUGAUGAGGUAUAUGAAACAAAAGGGAAAUCUUGUUUGAGAUAUCUAAGAGGGUUUUUAAUACAAAAUAUUUCGAGGAGAUGCUAUUCUCUCGCACUUUGCAAUAAAACUGUCACGCUUGGUAAUGAAUUUUGGUUUUGCACCCUGUAAUGACAGGCUAUUAAACCUUUUAAGUCGGAAAAGAAACGAAACUCUCGGAUGAUUGAUGUGCAUGUACAAGAAAAAUCAUUUUCGACAUUAUGAUAAGAAUUUCAAUUAGAAUAGAUGGUUUUUCAAAUUCAAAUUCUAAUUUAGCAUCAUGAUUCUUAUAUGAGAGUACGAAGGCUUUGUUGCAUUAGGAAUAAAGUAAAGUUAUUUUCAAGACUAAGAAUAACUGCACUAUAUCUUCAUGAAAUGGGACCUUAUUAUGAGAAUACUCAAAAGUAGGUUGAGUUUGAUCGUCCGGGUGAACAUAGUCCUGAAGAGCACUGUUCUUGUUGACAGUGAGUGACGCUUCGACAACCUGUGCGGUAGUUAGGCCUAGAUACAAAUAUCACGAAAAUUGCCUAAAUAUGUUUCCGGAAGUUCCCAAUUGUUUUUCUAAAUAUCUCGAAAAAGUUCUAAAAUAUCUCAAAAAUAUCUGGCUUCGUUUCAUAAAUAUUACUUAACAGUAUAAACAACAAAACAAGCCGCUCAUCUAAAAAUGGGGCAGAAAUUUCAGCAAAUUUCAGUAAAUUAUACCCUUGUACAGCAUACUACAAAACUCUAAGCAAUUCCACAUAAAGUCACCCUUGUUUACAGCACCCCUCGGCCUACAAGAACACUAGGGCACUACACUUUAAUACAGGAAGAGAUGGUGAAAGACCAUUAGGUGAUGGAGGUCUAAAGGGGUCUAAACGGAACACUAAUGUAUAGCUUGUGCGUGGCUUAAAGGGUUCGUCAUCAGCCAUUUUGUUGAACAUCAACCACAUUGCAUAUAUUAUAAAUGAAGAAUAUUGUUGAAUCUGAUUUCAAAAGGCCCAUAUGUGGAGAUUUGUUUCAAUUUCUGUCACUGAAAUGCCCACGCCCUAAUUAGCAUUGAAGUAGCUUCCUAUAAAAAACAUGAUUUCAGUACUUUUUUCAAAUUCUAAAUAACACAAUUUUUUCCUGAAUAUCAUGAGAUUUUCUAAAUAUCCCAAAAUCUUCUAAAUAUCUUAAAAAAUAUUCAGAUAUUUUUAUCUAGGCAUAGCGGUAGUCACCUUCAGAGUCAAAAUGAGUUGUAUCACGCCAGUUGAUGGUAUUAUACCCUGGUUAUUGACCUGACUGGUCAAUUACGUCGCGAUGUUAUUGGUCGUCUGUGAGUAAGCCGUGAUGUUGUUGGCUAUGGAGACUCGUAAUGUAAUUGGUGCGUUUCGAUCCGUCUAUUUUUAGUCAAAUUGUCAGUUUUCCAGUCGUUCUCUCGUAGUAAGUUUUGCUUGAUUUUGUCAAUAAGUUGUUUGUACGGUGCCGGUAACUGUUGACUACGAUUCAAGGACGUUUGUUUUAAGUUAGUAAACCAGCUUUCUAAAGUGAGUCGUUGAUAGUAGUCUGUAGCAUGUGUGAUACAUCUCGCAGAGUCCCAGUCGAUUUGAUGUUUCGUCUGUAAAUAGUGUUCAGCAAUGUGAUUGUUGACGUCACCAUUUCUCGUCGCUCGUUUGUGUUCGGUCAGUCGCGUGCUUAGGUUUCUAUCGGUUUCACCAAAGUAAGUAGCCUGGCAGAAGCAGCAUUAGAUCUUGUAUAGUGCUCCCUGUCUGUCCUCCGGUUUGUCUUUGUCCUUGACAUUAGUAAGUAGUCGCCGUAACGUGGUUAUCGGUUUGUGUGCAACACGUAUAUUACAAGGGUUUAGUAUACGUGCGAUGGUUUCAGAGGUGCCUCUGAUGUACGGUAUAGUCGCUGUCGUAACAGGGCCAGAGUUGACGUUGGUCUGACUGUUGGAGUACGUUCAGCAGGACAAUCAAACUCAACCUACUUUUGAAAUGACUCAUGGGUUCAAACCUUUCACAGUUUUAUAAAAAUACUCUUCAGGAAGAUAUUGGAUGCAAAUGAAUUAAUUCAAAUAAACCCAUAAACCAAUCACAAACAAGGAAAUGUCUGCGAAGUGAAUGAAGCUUACCCGACUACGUAAGUGACCACUAUCGAAUUGCCCCGUUCAUUGGAAAAAGUUAGGGACCUUAAGAUCUGAGGACGGCGACAGCAGCGAAAACGUCGCUGAAAAAGGGAAUUCGCGUUCUUUCAAUCUUCAUCGCGAUUACUCCAAGUCACUAACUUUGUCAAAGGUGAACCCUCCUAAAAGUUGAAUUCCUAAGAACCAUAUCCAAGUUCAAAAAGAUGGAGGAAAUUUCGUCGUCGCUUAAUUGUGUACUUCCGCUGUAAAAAGUGAAAAUAGACAUUUUCACGUCGUAGUCGUGUAGUGAUGGCAAAGAAAUGUACACAAAAGCGUGAUGCACGCGCAAAAUUGUUUUGUUUAUUAAACCUAUUGCUUUUUUGACGUUCUCGUUGUCGUUUCCGUCGUCGGAUCUUUUAAAAGGGCCCUAUUUUACCCCUAACCGACAGAGACGUAGACACUCUUGGCUACUAGGAUAUCUCUUCUUUUUGGGGCAGCUGUUUAAGUCUUGGUUAGCUGUAAACAAUGAAUUCAAAUUAACUUCAAACUUGGUGUUGAUAUAAAUAACUAAUGAUUUGACAUUUUUCAUUAAUGACACGAACACCUAAUGCAGUAUAGAAGGCUACUUCCCUUAAACGUUGAAAACAGUAGAGUUCAAAUUAUUACAAAGAUCUUCCCAAGAUUUCGCUGAAUACUUUCAACGAAUUCGUUUGAAUCAGCCCCAUAUUAUGGAUCGUCUGCAUUCCAGCGAGCUCCUGAAAAGAGCACAGCAUCUAGUCUGGAUUGAAGCAAUUUUCCUUGCUAUCAUCAACAUGAUGGCCAUCUUCGGAAACAUUUCUGUUUGCUACGCCGUGUAUAGAAACCAGAGACUUCGUUCGGUUUCCAAUAUGUUUGUUGUAGCGCUAGCUGUCAGUGAUUUACUAAUAUCUGUCAGCUGUAUGCCUCUUUCAGUUGCUACUCUCGUUCAAAGCCGAUGGGUAUUCGGGACUACUGUUUGUCAACUGCAGGGUUUUGCAAUUUUUACGUUUGCAAUGUCUUCUCUAAAUACUAUGGGGAUUAUUGCAAUCAGCCGAUAUUUUUGCGCAGUGAAACCAGCGAGGUACAUUGUUUUAUUCAGAAAACAAAGAAUUGUGUUGUACACUGCGGCAGUAUGGUGUAUGGCUCUCAUUGGUUCAGUGCCUCCGCUAAUUUUUCAGACAGGCGGAUACACUUUCCAACCAGCAAAAGCAAUGUGCAUGUACCCAUUCCAAACUAACAUCGCUUAUACCGUCCCCAUCGAAUGUGUGUUUGUCGCUGCACCCUUUACACUCAUUACUUUCUGCUAUGCCAAAGUGUUCUACACAGUGUCAAGAUCAAAUCGCGUUUUCACGCAAGAAAAUAACCCUGAACAGCUCAGAGCAAACGUCGAAGAAGCCAAAGUGACCGAGACAUUAGCCUUGGUCAUGGUCAGUUUCGCCUUAUGUUGGCUUCCUAUCAGCAUUAUGGAUCACAUCGACGCAGCACGCGGGGAGCCCACUUUGCCACGUAAGAUGUAUCUCACAUACGGGUUUCUGGCCUACCUAAGCAGUGCAGUUAACCCCUUUAUAUAUGGCGCUACCAACAGGCGCUUCAGACAAGAGUACAAAACUAUUUUGAAAAAGAUU